UGGCCAUGGCCGACCCCAGCCACAUCCAGUCGGCUGCCUCCAAGAGCAUCCGCCCGUUCCGCUCCAGCGAGGAGUACCUGGAGGCCAUGAAGGAGGACCUGGCCGAGUGGUUCAACACCCUCUACGACCUGGACAUCCAGGUGGACACCUUCCUGGAGAGCCUGGAGACGGGCUGUCACCUGUGCCGCCACGCCAACAACGUCAACCGCACCGCGCUGGACUUCCAGGAGCGGCACCCCGAGGCGGCCGCCCGCAUGCGCGUGCCCCGGAACGAGGUGGUGUUCCAGGCCAAGAACGUGGUGCCCGGCUCCUUCAUCGCCAGGGACAACGUCUCCAACUUCAUCCAGUGGUGCCGGCAGGACCUGGGCAUCCAGGACGUGCUCAUGUUCGAGACCAACGACCUGGUGCUGAGGAAGAACGAGAAGAACUUUGUGCUCUGCCUGCUGGAGGUGGCCAGGAGGGGCUCCAAGUUCGGCAUGCUGGCCCCCAUGCUGAUCCAGAUGGAGGAGGAGAUCGAGGAGGAGAUGAGGGACCAAAUGGCGGAGGGGGCGCCGGGCGCGCGCCGGGAGAGCCGGGAGCCGCGGGCGGGCGCCUUCCCCAGCCGGGCCCGGCCCGUGGCCCUGUGCGACCUCCGGAACCUGGACGAGCUGGUGAGACACGCGCUGCCCGCCGAGCCCUGCGCCUGGGUGCGGGAGAUCCUGGGCUGCUGCUCCUGCCCCUCGCAGUUCCCCAUGGUCAAGGUCUCGGAGGGCAAGUACAAAGUGGGCGACUCCAACACGCUCAUCUUCGUCAGAGUGCUGCGGAGCCACGUCAUGGUGCGGGUUGGCGGCGGCUGGGACACCCUGGAGCAUUACCUGGACAAGCACGACCCGUGUCGCUGUGCUGCCCUCUCUCACCGCCUGCCGCAGCCCCGCGCCCCGGGCAUGUCCCCCCAAAAAGCGGCUCCCGGCGCCUCCUCGUCGUCGUCCCGCACCUCCAGCCCCAGCGUCCCCCGGCGCCCCCGGCCCGCCGCGACCCCCCAGCCCCGGGGGGACCCCCCGAAGCCCCCCCGGCAGGAGGGGUUGCCCCCCCGGGGCGGAGCCGCCCCCUGCUCCGGCAGCCCCUCCCGGAGCCCCGCCGAGCCGCGGGCAGCGGGGACCCCCAGGCCCCGCGCCCCCGCUCGCUCCCGGCGCUGUUCCGGUGACAGCGACUCCUCGGCCGCCUCGGCGCAGAGCGGCCCCCGCCGCCCCCCGGCCCGCCGGGACCCCCCGGACCCGCCCGCCCCGGGCUCCCCCCGCGCCUCCCGCAGCCCCGGGCGCGGCUCGGCGCCGCUGCUGCUCAUCCGCCGCCGGCCCGACGGGCAGCACUCGUGGGCGCGGGCCGAGCCUCCCCCGGCCGGGAGCCCCGGCGGGCGGCGCGACCCCCGGCCGGGCCCCGGGGACCCCGAGGAGCUGGCGCGGCGGCUGCGGGCCCCGCGCUGGCUGGAGCCCGGGCAGGAGCAGCGGCUGUUCCAGCGGCUGGAGGAGGAGUUCCUGGCCAACACGCGGCUGCUGGAGCAGCUGGGGGACGCGGAGAGCGCCCCCGCCGCGCCCCCCGCCGCCGCCGCCGCUGCUGACUCGGCCUAUUGCUCCUCGUCAUCCUCAUCUUCCUCCCUGAACGUGUUCGCCAAGCACGGGCUGCCCGCCGAGGAGGGGCGGCGGGGCGGGAGCAGCGACGGGAACAACAACGGGAACAACAACGGGAACGGCAACGGGAACGGCAACGGGAACCACGGCGGGUGCCCCUCGCUGCCGCCCAACCCCGGCCUGGCGGACGCGAGGCGCCGCUCCACCUUCUCCAGCUCCUCGGACGAGAGCUGCUGCUUCCCGGCCUCGUGGGACAACCACCGGGACACGGCGGGGAACCCCGGCUCCGACACCGACUGGGCCGCGGGGGAGGACGAGCUGAUGGAGAUGGAGGAGAGCCCCGGGCCGGGGGUCCCCGCGGCCCCGCGGCGGCCCUGGGCCAAGCCCCGGCUGGACACGCAGCCCCACAGGGCGCCCUCCCGCAUCCCCACGCCCCAGCGGGCCCCCAACGGCAGCGCCAGGGCCUGGGGGGCUCUGCAGGGCGCCCCCUCCUCCCUCCUGGACCGCGAGGGGCUGGAGGAGAACGCCUGGCCAUGAGGGGUCAAUGGCAGCUCCUGGGGACAGCCCCGCGCCGCUGGGGACGGUGGAGGUGGCACCCAGCCAGGCCGUGCCACAGAGCUGGGGCGGCCAGGACCUCUGCGCUUGGUGACUGUUGGCAUUGGGGGGCCCUGCAAGGAGCCCCCAGCCCCAGAGGGUGCCAGGGGUGUCCCCAUGGCCUGGGAGCAGUUCCAGUGGGGCAGGGAUGUGGGCAGGGCAGGGGUGGCCAGAGCAGAGCUGGGAAUGGGGCUGGAGAGCACUUCAUCUCCUCACUCUUCUCCACUUGUUUUCCUUAUCUUGACCUUCUCUUCUUGUCUUCUCCUCCUCUUCUUGCUAUUCUUGUCAUCCUCCUCCUCCUCCUCCUCUCAUCUCCUCUCUGCUCUCUUCUUUUGGGCUGCCUCCUCCUCUUCUCUUCUUGGCCUUCACAUCCUUAUCCCUCAUCAUCUUCUCUUCUUGACCUUCCCCUCUUUUCUUCUUGGCCUCAUCAUCACCACCUUGGCCACUCUGUCCUCUCCAGCCCUGGGAUGACUUGGGGACAUACAGUUUGUCACCACCAGCCCUGUUUCAGGGCAGGGGGGGGUCACUGUUCCCUCUCCAGCCCCCAGCACUGCCCCCAGCUCGUGUUGAUGUCCCCAGGGUGGGACAGGGCUGUGUCCCCAGCCCAGGCCACCGAGCCCCCACCCCUGCAUGUCCUCUGCAGCCAGUAAAGACCAACGGAGCUGAGCCCA